CUUAUUUUUUGGUUUAUAUGUUUUCUUUUUCAUAUCAGAGUUUCGAUUUGGGCGUGCAGUUUGAAUCACAGACAAUUUAAUUUUGUUGCGAUUUGGAAAAACUCAAAUGCUCGGAUCUGCUGGUUGACAUUAUGUUUCUGGAACUGGCGCCUGUUUCAAGGAAAAAGUUUCUCGAGUUCUUUGGGUCAUAUGACCUCCAGUUCAGGGAAGUCAUAGUACAAAAAGCUUGUAGACCUAUCUUCUGUCAUCCAAGAUUUUAUUCCCAAUUCUGAAUUGCCUCUAUGGGCUGAGAGGUGGCGAAAUGGUUUUACUUGGCAAAUCCUCAAGAAGAUGGAGGACACACGAGAAGAUGCAGGGCCAGUUGAACAUGGGCCUUCAGGCGCUACUUGGUGGCCCUCAGGUUUUAUUGAAAAUUUCCAGUCUGUUUCACUGGGAUCUCAUGGAGAUGCUUCACAUAGUAAAGACUUGAAGAGAAUUCUUCACGAAGAUGAAUUGUCAUCUCAGACAGCUUCACAAAUCCUCUGGACCACUGGAACACUUUCUGGAUCAAUUCCUAAUGGUUUCUAUUCUGUCAUUCCGGACAAGAAGCUUAAGGAGCAUUUUCAUAAUAUACCUUCUCCAGAUGAACUUUAUGCUAUGGGUAUGGAGGGUCUUAGAGCUGAUAUUAUACUUGUAGACACAGAGAAGGAUAAGAAACUUUCCAUGCUAAAGCAACUGAUUGUGGCUUUGGUGAGAGGAUUAAAUUCAAAUCCAGCUGCAAUGAUAAAAAAGAUUGCUGGAUUGGUUUCUGAUUUUUAUAAACGACCAAAUCCGGAACUAAGUCCAGCUAAAGCUGCACUGGAGGAAAUGUCUCAUGUGUCAGAAAAUCAAGGUGUCCAGCUGUUGGGGCAAAUAAAGCAUGGUUCAUGCCGACCUCGAGCAAUCCUGUUCAAAGUCCUUGCGGAUACUGUAGGACUUGAGAGUAGGCUUAUGGUGGGUCUACCAAAUGAUGGAGCUGUUGAAAGUGCAGACUCAUAUAAGCAUAUGUCUGUGAUAGUUUUUUUGAAUUCUGUGGAACUGCUAGUUGAUCUCAUGCGGUUCCCAGGUCAGCUAAUUCCAUGUUCAACCAAGGCAAUUUGGAUGUCUCACAGUUCUGCAGCAGGGGAGAGUGACUCAGCAGAAAACGACUCAUGUGACUCACCACUUGAACCAAACAGUCCUCUUUAUGGUUUUUCAGAUAAAGUGGAUGCAGAAGGUGCGGAGCAUGAUGAAAGCCUUCAACCCUUAUACCAGCGGAGGCUAGAAGCUUCCUUGAAUGUGGCAGGUCCUUCAUUGCGUAAUAUAAUGUUGCGACCAACAACUUCUAUUGAGGGAAAGCUAAGUUUAUCACAUAGCGAACCCAACAUUGCAAAUGCAUUUUGGCGACGCAGUCGGAAGAAAGUCAUUGCUGAGCAACGAACAGCUAGUUCAAGUCCAGAGCAUCCUUUAUUUCGGGCACGUGGACGGUCCAUGCUAAGUGGUGAUAGACAAUCAUUCAGAGAAUAUUCAGAAGAUAUGGCUUCAUCAAGGUCGGAGGGGGCAUCAACGUCUGAGACUCGUAGAAUAAGGAGGAGAAGUAUGAGCAUUACUCCAGAGAUUGGUGAUGAUAUCGUAAGGGCUGUGCGAGCAAUGAAUGAGACACUGAAGCAAAAUCGACUUUUAAGGGAACAGGCUGACGAUGGGUCAGUAACAAAUGACAAAAGCAAUUGUUCAGAUCCUCAACAAAAUGUGCCAAUUUUCCAAUUGGAUCGUCACGAUGAAAUUCUUGGUGAAGGGUCUGCUGCAUAUCUUCCCAGAAGGCAAAUAAAUUCUCAGAAGGCAACAUCAUUACCUUCAUCUCCCAUUCAGUUUAGGGGACAGGGUUCUGAGAGAAGUGGGCCUUCGAACUUUGGAGAAACUGCUGAACUGGUCUCAACAUGGAACAAAGUGUUGGAAUCUUCCAAGUUCCUGAAAAGACCUUUAUUACCUUUUGAGGAAUGGAACAUUGAUUUCUCUGAACUGACUGUUGGAACUCGUGUUGGGAUUGGUUUCUUUGGAGAAGUUUUUCGUGGUAUCUGGAAUGGGACAGAUGUUGCCAUCAAGAUUUUUCUUGAGCAAGAUUUGACAGCUGAAAAUAUGGAGGACUUCUGCAAUGAAAUAUCUAUCCUAAGCCGCCUGCGACACCCAAAUGUUAUUUUAUUUCUUGGGGCAUGCACAAAGCCUCCUCACUUGUCAAUGGUAACCGAAUACAUGGAGUAUGGGUCCUUGUAUUAUUUGAUUCAUAUGAGUGGGCAGAAAAAGAAACUCAGCUGGCGAAGGAGACUGAAGAUGCUGCGUGAUAUUUGCCGGGGAUUGAUGUGCAUACACCGGAUGAAAAUAGUUCAUCGCGAUCUGAAAAGUGCAAAUUGUCUCGUGAAUAAGCAUUGGCAAGUCAAGGUCUGUGACUUUGGGCUCUCUCGAAUAAUGACAGAAAAUCCCAUGAGAGAUUCGUCGUCUGCUGGGACUCCGGAAUGGAUGGCUCCUGAACUCAUACGCAGUGAACCAUUCACAGAGAAAUGUGAUAUUUUCAGCCUUGGUGUGAUAAUGUGGGAACUAUGCACUCUAAAUAGACCAUGGGAGGGUGUACCACCAAUGCAGGUGGUUUAUGCAGUUGCUAAUGAGGGAUCACGGCUAGAGAUUCCAGAAGGUCCACUGGGCAAGCUUAUUGCAGAUUGUUGGGCAGAGCCGGAUGAACGACCAAGCUGUGAGGAUAUCCUCUCUCGCUUGCUUGACUGCGAGUACUCUCUUUGCUAAUUUGAUUUGUGUUUGUAUAGAAAGCACAAUAGAGGUGUUUUACUUGGCAGCAUAAGUUGUAAAUUGGCUUUUUAUAUUUUAUUCAAAUAACAUUUCAUUUUUGGUU